CCAUGACCGUGAUCGUGAAUGGUCAGAUACUGUCCGGUUGGCUAGCAGCCGUUGACUCCUUUCCUUUUAAAUAACAAGUAACACUUUUGUGAAUGCAUCAUCAGUAUUCUUGGGACCUUGAUAGAAAACACUUGUACACUUAUCUUUAGCAUAAGAAGACGAACAAUAUAUUUGUGUCAGUCAAAUGUUAAAAAAUUAUUUAAAUAUAUAAACAAUAUAUUAAAAAUAAAAUUUCUAUGUUUUAAUUCACUAAGAACGUUCGGUUUCAUAUUCAGUUAUGUCUUUAAUAAAAGUUAGCAAAUUUCUCAUUUUUGUAAAUUUGUUUGUGUUAACUGUAUUAGCAGAGGAUGAUAAUGGCACAGAAAAAACUAUAAUAAAAACUAUUAUGGGGGCUUUUGGAAAUAAGCCACCCUCAACAAAAUCACCUUCAACAUCUUGUUUUUGUAGUUGUGGAGUAAGAAAUGAUGAAACUCGAAUCGUGGGGGGUCAGACAACUCAAUUAAAUGAAUUCCCCUGGAUGGCAAGACUCUCAUACCUAAAUAAAUUUUACUGUGGAGGAACACUAAUUAAUGAUCGUUAUGUUUUAACAGCGGCUCAUUGCGUCAAGGGUUUUAUUUUCAGAUUCAUGUGGUUCAUGAUCAAGGUGACAUUUGGAGAGCACGACAGGUGUUUCGAUAAAGUUCAACCGGAAACUAGAUAUGUUGUAAGAACACUAAGUGGAGAUUUCAGUUUUUUGAAUUUCGACAAUGACAUUGCUCUACUUAGACUCAAUGACAGGGUACCACUUUCCGAAACAAUUCGACCAAUUUGUCUACCAACGACAAAAAAUAAUGACUACAUUGGUAUCCAAGCCAUGGCUUCCGGAUGGGGAACCUUACACGAGGAAGGAAAACCUUCUUGUUUAUUGCAAAAAGUAGAAAUUCCUGUAAUGAGCCUUCAAGAUUGUCGAAACACCAGUUACAGUCCACGAAUGAUUUCCGAUAAUAUGCUCUGUGCAGGAUAUCCACAAGGUCUCAAGGAUUCUUGUCAGGGUGAUAGUGGAGGACCUCUGAUUGCCGAGAGGGAAGAUAAAAAAUAUGAAAUAAUUGGAGUCGUAUCCUGGGGAAAUGGAUGCGCUCGGCCUGGUUAUCCUGGAGUUUACACACGAGUUACGAGGUAUCUAGACUGGAUUCUGGAAAAUACAAAAGAAAGCUGCUUUUGUGACACAUAGUACCUAUUGUUUCGUAUAUUUAAAACAGCUAUUUUUUGAUGAAAAAAAGUGAGGAAAAAAAUUGAAGUUUAAAAACAAAAAUAUUCAAUUUAAAUGUGAUUUAUUUGGGGCAACUAAUUUUAAUUUUUAAUAAAACUUCUAUAUAUAUAAGCAUCUAAGAAUUUUGACUGAAUAAUAAAAAUAUAAAUAAUUAAGUUAUUCUUAAACUUAAAACAACAAAAAAUUGUAAUAUUUAUUAAUAUUAUUCUUAAAUAAAUUGUCAUUAGUAAA